GGGCUUGAAAAAUCACUGCAGCACCGCCGGCGGGCAGGGGGCAGAUGCAGCGCUGCCGCGCCGCCCUCUCCGCCUCUCCGGCAGCGCCCCCAGGCAGCGCCCCAACCCUUUAUUCCCGCUCGCGGUCCCAAAGUUUUUUUUCUCCCCCCGCCCGGGGUGCGAGGGAGCCCCGGACCGAGCGAAUUAAAGUUGGGACAGCCGCGCUCCGGGGAUGGGUACGAGCCACCGCCUCUGCUGCCGGCUCGCUCUGCUCCCUCCCCAGGUCGCCCGGAGCGCUCGCCCGCCCAGGAGGGAUGCUGCUCCGGGAGCUGCUGGGGCUGCUCCGCCGCUGCUGGCCCUCCCUCCUGCUGCACUGUGCCCUCCACCCGCUCUGGGGCUCCGUCCAGAUCACUCAGGGUGAGCCCCAGAAGUCAUGCUCCAAGCCUGUAGCCGACAAAGUCACAGAAAGCUGCGAGCAAAUUUGCCAGUGCAGGCCACCUCCACCGUUACCACCGCCUCCUCCACCUCCACCACCCCCGAGGUUGCUAGUGGUGCCGACUCCCAAGUCUACCUUUUGUCCCACUGAAGAGACCUGGUGGCCAGGCCUGGUUAUUAUCAUUGCAGUAUGCUGUGCCACACUAGUGUUCCUCUUCGUAGUUGUCAUCAUUUGCUAUAAAGCAAUAAAAAGGAAACCAAUGAGAAAAGAAGAGAACGGAACCAGUCGAGCUGAAUAUGCAAUGACCUCCUCCCAAAACAACAAAACAGUUGAUAACAAUGCGGUUGUAUAAUCCCCGAAACCCUGCUGAGGCACAGGAGGUGGUAAACUUUCAAAGCACACACAUGGAGCAUGCAAGGUGGGUGAAAUAAGGCAACGAAAGGAGCGCUGUGUCCAAGGACUUCAUUUCAGAAAUAGUGCACGCAUCAGUGAUUCAGAAGAGAAAAGCAGGCUGCUCUUCAGGCUUGCUGCUUCUCCAAGGGAGGAUAAACUUGCCCACCCGGGCUGACCGGAGAAAAGGUCUCACAAAGGCAUAAGCAUUGCAUGCUGCAACUUGUGAAAGCAAUGUCAUGAUGCCUCCCGCUUCUUCUUCCUCCUUUCUUCCCCUCUACUUCUCAGUUUGAAUUGAGUGUCUGCAAAAAAAGCUGCUUAAAUGGGAUCUUUCAAGGAGAAAGUGAUAUACCAGAGUGGCAGCAGCUUAUUAGAAAUGGGUCUGAGGGUCACAGGUGGAGCUGUCAGCUAUGUGCUUCUCCAGCCUGUGCAGGUUUUUUUACACUUAUACUUCAUUCUUAUCAUUCUUAUUAUUUCAUUAUUAAAAAGGGAAAAAAGGUUUCUGUUAAGCCAUCAAGCAACCAAAAAUUGCAUGAACUUGUGACUUAACCUAGGAAAUUCAUCUGUGGUCUAGUGACUAUGCAAUUUCCAUGGCUAAGGACUUUUCAGGCAAAAGAAAUCAAAAUGUCAGAUUUCAGCAAUUAGUAUUGCUGUUGAAAGAGAGAUAUUAUUAAGAGGUGCUUUAAACAUUAUUACUUCAUAAUCAGCCUAUUUUUUUUGCAUCACACUUUUAUUUUUUUAAAAGUUCUUCUUUUGUGAAAUUGUUUAUAUUUGCAUCAUGCUGAUUCCCCAGGGAAACCCCUACAGGAAAGAUGUUGGUUUACAUCUUGUUGUGAGUAUUUGGACAAGAUUGUGUUGAAAGGACUAGAAGCCCUUUGAAGUCCUCUUCAUUCACUGAUUAGUGCUGCUUCCUGUAAGUGUCACGUUUCCUGACUGAUCCACCAAGGACGUUGUAGGUCUGGCUUGGAGGACCCACUUUUGAGGGUCUGGUAAGCUGGUUGUGCCCACGUUAACUCAAUCUCUGCUUCUCCUGGGCAGAGACUACCAAUCGUGCCAAAUUCAGCAUAACAGUUUAGUGUCGUACUUUCUGUGAUGUGGAUUGCAGACUACAUAAAGCAAAGCUGUAUCCACCCAAAUUCAUUUCACAUAAGAUCUCAGGUUAGACUCAGUAAGUAACCCUUAGGAUAAAGGUGAUGAGAGUAGCUGAGGCGUUGGUCUUUCCCCACUUUCCUGAAAACUUCCCUUCAUAUCACACCUCCACGUGUAUGUCUCCAUUUACCUCUGUGCUGAAAGUAGUGAUGUAGUGCAAGACAAAUUUCAGCCCUUGGCUGGACAUCAAGCUUCAGAACCACUUGGUCUCCAUGUCUGUGAGUAACUCCCAGGCACCGACCCAGUCUCGCUCCGGGAUGUGGCUGCGCCCCAGGUGUCAUGUCCCUCUGUACUGGAACACACCAAUGCUUUGUUUUGUGUAAAGAUGUGCCUGAACCGCAGAAGUCAAGACUUUGAUUUUGAACACAUUCCUGUCUGUGGUUGGUCUGUCACCGGGAUGUAGAGUUUGGGCUGAUGGUAGAUGAAGAUGAUGUUCUGCAGGCCUUCCCAAAGAAGUUCUGGGAUGUUCACAUCAGCAGUUCCAGCUCAGGCCCAUCUCUAGUUUUCUAUUACCUUUAGAACAAUGGGGUGUAUGUAAAUAUAAGUAUCUUUUCAAUGGUAAAAUGAAAUGCUGCUAUAUACUGCUGUUGAGGAAUUUAUAGAGUUACUCAUUUAGCUGUUUAGCCUGUCAUCACUAUGUAGAAGUUUAGGUACAUAAAAUUAUUUUUAAAGGGUAGAAUUAUUGAGCAGUGAAUGCAAUUACAAAAGUGAAAGGGAAUAAGUAAGCCUUUGCCCAAGAGUACAAUAAUUUCCUGCCAUAUUCAUGUUGUGUGCUUGCACAAGACACAGUGAUAUGUUCUUAGAUCCAAAGUGGGAUUAAAAUGACAGAAUUUACACUUUGAGUCUAGUAUCCCAAAUGUUGAUUGCCUAAAACGCUUAGCCUCUAAAUGCUAUAAUAAAAAUAUUGCAAGUAUAUUUCUAGACUAUUUUUUAAGCUAUAACUUUUAUUUUGGUGUAGUUACCUAUGUUUGCCUUUUUUUUUACUCCAGUUGUUUCUGCCUAAAUGUGCCAUAGUUUGAGACUGAUUGCAUGUUUAGCUGAGAGUGUAAAAUAUGAAUACAGAUGAGUUUAGCAUGAUAUGGGCUCAGGAUUAGCACUUUCUCCUAAAGGGUGUUGAUUUUAUUUAUAUUCUCAUACAGCUUUAAAGGCACGUUCUGUUAGACCAAAAUCACGAAAGGGAUUUGCAGCUCAUUAUUUCCAUCCAAAUGUGUCUGAUUUUGCAAGAAGAGAUCUAAAAAAAUGGUCACCAGACACUGUCUGAUUUUCAGUGAUGUCAAUGGUAAAAUGUCUCACUGAGAGAUAACUCUGUUACAUGACAUAACCCACAAGCAAACCAACCCUAGGCCCCUGAGGUCUCUUCAGUGGAACAUAAGCAUUAAAAACUACAUGGAGAGUUGGAGAGACAGGACAUUUCAAGGAGCAGCAUGCAAGGACUGGGAUAUACUUUCAACUCUGCCGCUGAUCCGCUGUUUACUAGAAAGUAAUUUUGCCUCUCUGUGCCUCAAUUUACGCAUCUAUAUAAUCAAGACAAAAAUACUUACCAGCUCUGUGGCAGUAUUUUCAAAGAUAUAGAUGUAUCCUAUUUGCAUAAGCAGAUAGACAUUAUCAUUAUCUCCAACAUGCUAAUAUUAAAUAAAUGUAUUUGGAUGCAUCACCAUGAUUAUUCCAGAAUCAAACAUUCCCCAGUGUGCUUUUUUAAUCCAUUGGCCACAGAAGAGGGGCAGCAGCAGACAGGCUGAGAGCUGCUUCUCUGCUUGUCCAGAGUCUUUGCUCACAGCUCUUGCACAGCUACACGGCAGAGAGAGGUGGGAAAAUCUGCACAGGGUAGUGUUGCCUUUAGAUUCCUGUCUAAGUACAGUUGACUACAAAUUUAAGUUGAUCUUCAGAAAGGUACUUGGAGAAGUAUACUGGAAGCAGAUUUAGGUCUUUAGAAAAGAGAGGCUAGAAAGAUGGUGCCAUUGAGGAAUGAUUUCUGAUGUUUGCUGGUGUGGUUUAAGGUUGCAUUUAGUAUCUACAGACUACUUGCAAAGCUUUUAUGAAAGAGGCUUCCUUAUUAUAAUAUAAUUAAAUGCAAAGGGAAAGAAAUAGGCUUGAUGGAUAAGGGCUGCACUAAGCAGUGACCCUGGAUCUGGGGAACUGAUAAUCCAAAGUACAGUUUUACAAGCAUUUUGAGUUUGGUUUUAGCCACCAAAAUGUCAGAUGUGGAAAGGCCAUGCAUAGCUCUGUUCACAAAAUAGCCAGACCCCCCCGCAGCUUAAAAGGUGGCCAAUUUCUACGCAGAAGUUAACUGCUCUGCUCUGACCUCUCCACCACCACCAGACAGACUCAGAAAACUGCUGUGUUCAGUCUGCGGGACAGCAUCAACUCAAAAUUUCUUCCCUAGGAUCACGACUAGCAGACGCAAGCAGGCAAUGCACUUUAAGAGCCUGAGCUGCAAAGUGUUGAGCUUCCUCAGUCCUCAGCAGUGCCAAGAAGGUGGAGCUGAAGUCCCAGCUCUGCCAUCCUUCCUGGCUCUGACCUGACACAGUGGUAUGACCAGGAAGGCAUCUCUACCUUGGAUAGAUGCUGCAAAAACAGUGACAGAAGGAAAGAGGAGAGUUCUACUAAGUAUAAGAUUAUAAAUAUAUUGAUAUAUAUCUAUACAGAGACCUAAUUGUCCAGUCUUGCAUGCCAUAUGGUCACAGCAUGUCAAGCGAGUGUGGGCCUCCUACUCCAACCAGGUCAUGACCAUAGAUGCUGCCAAGCAAUGGAGAAUCAGGCCUAUGGUAGAUAUGUAUUUACCAUACUCCCUGCACCUGUACAAACAAAAAUGAAUUAUUUUAAACUGCAAAAUAGUGUGUUUAAAUCAAUGCAUGAAUGUAAAUAUUCUAAGAUCUGCCUUCUUGACUGUGUACCACAUCUACAGAUGAAAACGAAUAUUGUUUAUAGGAAAUCUGUAUCAGUGGUUAAAUCACUAAAGAGAAAAAAUAUCAGAAUUAAUGUUGUCAUGUUUCUCAAACAAGCCAUUAAUGUAUAUUUAGUAUUUAAGGAUAUUGCUCAAUAAAUAUGUUCCGUACCAAAAACUGUGUUGCAUAUACAGAUUGUGCAGUACCCUAUUUUAAAAAGGCACCAUAACUAAUUUUUAUUUUAAAUAAAAAUGUAC